UGAAGUACAUGAGAGAAGCAACCCCCUAUGUGAAGAAAGGCUCCCCUGUGUCAGAGAUUGGGUGGGAGACACCUCCCCCCGAAUCUCCCCGCCUGGGUUGUGCCUCUGCGGACCCGAUGUCACAGCUUGCGCUCUCCAUCCACAGAGACAAGAAGACAAUCCCACUCAAGAUGUGUUACGUGACGCGCAACAUGACAGUGUCAGACCCCGAAAACAGACUUAUUGAAGUUCAUUCACCUGAUGCCAAGCACACCGUGGUGCUCAGGAGUAAGGAUUCGGCUACAGCCCAGGCCUGGUUCAAUGCCAUCCACUCCAGUGUCAAUGAGCUCAUCCCCAGGGUGAUUGCAGAGGUCAGAGACCAGCUGGGUAAAACAGGGAUUGCUGGAAGUCGAGAGAUUAGGCAUCUAGGCUGGCUUGCAGAAAAGGUGCCAGGAGACAAUGAGAAGCACUGGAAGCCAGUGUUAGUGGUUUUGACAGAGAAAGACCUCUUAAUAUAUGAGAGCAUGCCGCGGAUGAAGGAAGCUUGGUUCAGCCCUCUGCAUACCUACCCUCUGCUAGCCACCAGGUACCUGUGCUUUUUUAUUAUGACCACUUCAAGAGCAGUGGGAAUAGCUGAGUCAGCCAGGAACAGGUCUCGCUGGUUUUCAGCUAUAUAUCACACUCGAAAUGUUGUGGUUUGA